GACAGGCUACCGCAGUGUCAAAAUUAUUGAUGGCGGACGAAAUAGAUAUAAUGAUUAAUUAUCACGGGGGUUUCGAAAAAAUAGACAGGAAAAACAGCCGUUAUCCUUAUUGUAUCGUUUGGACACCUAUUCCAAUACUGUCGUGGUUGCUUCCCUUCAUUGGUCACAUGGGGAUCUGUACUUCUGCAGGCGUGAUAAGAGACUUCGCUGGAUCGUACUUAGUGUCUGAAGAUAAUAUGGCCUUUGGAAGACCAACAAAGUACUGGAAGCUUGAUGUUGAUAAGGUGUGUGGCACUGGCUCAUCUGCCUGGGACAAGGCAGUGCACGAUGCAUCGGAGGAGUACAAAUGCAGGCCGCACAACCUCUGCUGUGAUAACUGCCACUCCCACGUGGCCCUGGCCCUUAACCUCAUGCGUUACGACAACAGAACGUCCUGGAACAUGGUCAACCUUUGCCUGCAGUCCCUUAUCCAUGGCAAGCAUGUCAGCUGUGUGUCGUUCCUCAAGACCUGGCUGCCCUUCCUUAUGUUGACUGGAGCCCUCGUCACCUUCAUCCUAACGCUCAACCUGCGCUGACCACGCAAGGGACACGGAGAGGGAGAUGGAGUGGAGAGAUAAUACAAGGGAUUUUCCUGCUCCGUUGUCAUCAUAAAAGUGAAAGAAGAAGAAUAAACGUUUCGAUGGAACACUUCUUUGUGCAGUACUAAUAUUCACACUCAUGAAGGCAGUUAUGUCCAGCUGUUCUGGCAUGUUUUGAAGUUCCUUUUACUAGAUUCAGAAAGGAAUGUCAUAUCAAUAAAUGUUUGGCUUGGGAUAGUCAUAACCAUAGAUAUAGAACUGAUAUAGCAUCUGCUAAAUGACGAUAAUUUAAAUGUAAAUAUAUU